GCCCCAUCUCUAGUUAUCGGAAAAUGAAAAAUUGCAAAUGGCGCGCUGCGUUUGUGAAAGGAGCACGUGUAAUUGACGUUUCAAAAAAAUUGCUCUAACGUGUUCUAAAUGCUUUAAAAAAUACUGAAUGUACAGAAAGUAAAUUCACACGAUAAAUAUAAUUAAAAACGAGACGAUGCCGGAUAUGAAAUAUAUUUUGGUUACCGGUGGAGUAAUAAGUGGUGUUGGAAAAGGUGUAAUUGCAAGUUCUUUUGGCACGAUUUUGAAAAGCUGUGGUAUCGAUGUGACUUCAAUAAAAAUUGAUCCGUACAUUAACAUUGAUGCAGGAACGUUUUCUCCCUAUGAGCACGGUGAAGUUUACGUGCUCGAUGACGGUGGUGAAGUUGACCUUGAUCUUGGCAACUAUGAGCGCUUCUUAGAUAUAACACUGCAUAGAGACAAUAAUAUAACAACUGGCAAAAUAUACCAGCAGGUUAUUGAGCGUGAACGACGAGGAGACUAUCUUGGGAAAACUGUUCAGGUCAUUCCACAUAUAACUGAUGCCAUUCAAGAAUGGGUUCAACGAGUAGCCCAUAUACCAGUGACACCAGACAAUGCACCACCAAGAGUUUGUAUAGUGGAACUCGGUGGUACUAUAGGUGAUAUUGAAGGAAUGUCAUUUGUAGAAGCAUUUAGACAAUUCCAGUUCAGAGUGAAGAGGGAGAACUUCUGUUGUGCACAUGUAUCUUUGAUUCCCAUGCCAAAAUCAACAGGAGAGCCUAAGACAAAACCAACACAGUCAUCAGUAAGAGAGCUACGUGGUUUAGGCUUGUCACCAGAUUUGAUAUUGUGCAGAUCAGAAAAACCUAUCAAUCAAGGAGUCAAAGAAAAGAUAUCUAAUUUCUGUCAUGUUGGACCAGAACAGGUAAUAUGCAUUCAUGACUUGAGCUCCGUGUAUCAUGUACCCCUAUUAAUGGAAGCUCAAGGAGUAGUCCAAUACUUAAACGAAAGACUUCAACUGAAUAUGUCCAUGCCACGACCAGGAAAGUUUAUGCGGAAAUGGCACAAUCUAGCCAAACGAGUUGACAAUCUUCGCAAAGAAGUGAACAUAGCUUUAGUAGGAAAAUACACUAAAUUGGAGGACAGCUAUGCAAGUGUCACAAAAGCUCUGCAGCAUGCGUGUAUAGCAUCGGGAAGUAAACUGAAUCUGACCUACAUCGAGGCUGUGAACCUAGAACGACAAACUAAGAUAGACGAUCCCGUUAGUUACCACAAAGCAUGGCAGAAUCUAUGCAAGAGCGAUGGUGUCAUAGUUCCCGGUGGGUUUGGCCAGAGAGGAAUGGAAGGCAAAAUCGAAGCUUGCCAAUGGUGCCGUGAAACUCAAAAACCGAUGCUUGGCAUCUGUCUUGGUCUACAAGCUUCUGUAAUAGAGUUUGCCAGGAAUGUUCUAGGGCUUAAAGGUGCUAACACAACCGAAGUAGAUCCUAAAUGUGAGGACAAACUAGUAAUUGACAUGCCUGAACAUCAUCCUGGAAAUCUAGGUGGAACCAUGAGACUAGGAAAAAGGAAGACUUAUUUGGAACCCAGUGUUAUAACUCAACUAUACAAGAAAGAUGUAAUAGAAGAACGUCAUAGACAUCGGUAUGAAGUAAACCCAGAGUACAUAGAUCGCUUAGAAGCGGCCGGUCUGCGCUUCGUAGGCAAAGAUGAGACAAAGACUCGAAUGGAAGUAGCAGUGGUAGACAAUCACCCUUAUUAUGUCACUGUGCAAUUCCAUCCUGAAUAUUUAUCACGGCCUUUGUCACCUAGCCCACCAUUCUUAGGACUAAUUUUGGCAUCUCUUGGAAAACUCAAGAACUACUUAUCAAAGGGUUGUCGAUUGAGCCCACGAAACCAGUCGGAUGUAAGCUCAGAUGAAGAUGAUAUAUCAGUGUCUUCUUUAAGUUUAGCUGAUGAAAAAACAGUCAUUGAAAAUGGUAUUGCCGUAAAUGGUGUAAGCAAAUAAUUGCUGUUUAAUUAUUCUAUAAUAAUUCAAUAUUAUUGCAGUGAA